ACGGGCGAUAUUGGAGAGGCUAGUUCGGGCUCCUCUGUGAGCAUUGGAGACCCCCAGGUUAAGGCUCUUUUAGAAUUGCUAGCGCAUGGAUCAUGACCGGAAAUUGCUUGUGAAGGGAGAGGGAGAGCUGAUUUUGCAAGGGCAGUAUGGGGAAUUGAAACUGGAGAAUGUGCUGCUGGUUGAUGGUCUGUCACUGAAUUUGAUCAGUCAGUCACAGCUUGACAACACUGGAUGCAAGACAUUCAGUAACAAGGGCAGCGUGUGGAUGUUUGACCAUGCAUGGAAUGGCCAGAGGAGAAGGAUGCAACGACUGAGGUGGAGAUGGCACCAAGGGAGAGUGAGCAGGGAUCAACUGCACGAGAUGAUCACGAUCCAUGGAAGCUGCUAGAUAGUGCAGACAGCCGUGAAGCAGAGAAGGAGAUUGAGGAACUACUGGAGGAUGGGGCAACAGCGAUAGGGGUACUAAGACAGGAGACAAGGGGCAGCUGGAGCGGUUUAAGGCUAGGUUAGUGGCGAAGGGCUACACACAGCAAGGAACUACUUUCUAGUGCAGCUGGACAUCAAGAACGCUUUUCUGCAUGGGGUAGUUAAGGAGGAGCUGUAUAUGGAGCAGCCACCAGGUCUCAUGCACCAAGGUUGACAUGGCCUAUGCAGCAAGCUACUUGGGGCAGCACGCGCAGCAGGGGAGGAAAUGGAGGGAGAUGAGGUGGACAUUAGAUUACCUGCUGCAGCAUCAGGAUGAGGGUUUACUAUUUGAAGGAGGAGAGGAGACAUUGGAGCUGGUGGGGUAUGCUGAUGCCUCACAUGCA